UUUAAUACUUUUUACUUAUUUUGCAUAAUUCAGGUUUGCAGAAAUGUCUGAGCAGUCCUACGACAAGCAGCAGCCGCGGUCCCAUCAGAUGGUGAAAGCUGCCACCGCCGCCACUGCCGGUGGUUCUCUCCUAGUCCUCUCCGGCUUAACUCUGGCCGGAACUGUGAUUGCUCUCACUCUAGCCACUCCUUUGCUUGUCAUUUUCAGUCCGGUGCUGGUUCCGGCUGCGUUAGCCAUUUUCUUGAUAUGCUCGGGUUUCCUUGCUUCUGGAGGAUUUGGGGUGGCUGCCGUUAGUGUUCUGUCGUGGAUUUAUCGAUAUGUUACCGGGAAACACCCUCCCGGGGCGGAUCAGUUGGAUUAUGCGAAGACGAAGCUGGGUGCUAAGGCUCGGGAGAUGAAGGAGAGGGUCGAGCAGUGAGCAGUUUGGGCAGCAUAAUGUCAGCGGUUCACAAGCUUCUCGAGCUUGUAGAAUCUUGGGUUUAGAGAAAUUAAUAAUUGGUUUUGUUAAUUUUGUGUCUUGAAUAUUUAUAUGUUCUUAAAUUUUUUUCUUCUCUCUCUCUCUCUCUCCUUUGGGUGACUUUUCUCUACUGUACUUCGUGCUUGUACGAAAAAUUGAAUAAAUCUUGAAUUUAGCGUCGAAAA